AUGUGGUCAUGGUGUGAGCAUCGAUGUACGACGCUGGAGCGAAUUCAGAUGGAUAAGGACACUGAAAAAGUCACAGGAAGGCCGAUUGACGUUUACUUCAUAGCGAUCCAGAUGAGCACUGCUCCCGAACUAAGCAAUGUUCAACUUGGUCUUCACGUGAAAUAUGACGCAAGGGAGAGGUUGCAGGUCCAUAAUGUUGACUACUCGAGUAUCGCUGCUGUUCAUCUCCGUCCCGGUGACAUUAUUCGGUAA